CAUAAUAUAGACCUUACAAUAUAAAGUGUCUGGAGGCUACUGUUGUUGUGAUAUAUAAAUAAAAAUUGAAUUCAAUUAUUCAAUAUUAUGUAUAAGUACAUACAUGUUGUAGCUUGAUAAUGUUUUUUAAAAUCUCAGUGGAAUGGUGACAGUUUUAAUGUAUAUCUUUACUGACAUGAACACUCCACACUAAGACACAAAACUGUAAUAUCAGUGGGUUUUUUUGUUGCACAUUCAGUGCCACUAGAGGGCGCCUAAUCACUGUGCAACACAAGCGAGUCCGAGGUGUAAUUUUUGACAGUUUCACUUUUUUUUAAAAAAGUAUUUUUAUAUAUAAGGGGUAAUAUAUUUGUCUUAGUAUUUUAUAUGUCUGUCUUGUAAAGUGGAACAGAGAAAUGAUGGGUAACUGAGGGGCAAAAACAAUAUGGUCAUCAUUUCUUUUUGAUAUAAGGACAUCAGGACAUCAUGCAGUAAUGCCUUGAAAGGUUACUUUUAACCUGAAAAGCACAACUUUUAAUAGUAAAAAAAAACUCUUCUAAAAGUUCCACACAGUGCCGGUGUAGAGUAUACACCAUAGCAGAAACUAUGAACACACAACAAGCCUUUAACAAGACAAGCUGGAACCACACAGGAAACACACCUUGAGGGAGAAAAUGACAAAGAACAAAGGAGGACUCAGACAUUGUUUACAUACUAGGAAAUCAGGGAGAUGCAAAACACCAGGGAACACAGCUGAAUGGAAUCAGACUAACGGGCUGGGAAGUGGGAAGCAAAACUGAAUAAAAAACACUCUUGAUACGUGGACUAUCAAAAUUAAUCAUGAGGCAACAAACACUGAGAACAGGACUAAGAUGUGAACCAUAAAAAAGCCAGAAUGUCAACAAUACAGAACUGUAAUACAGAUAAAUAAAUUAAAAACCUGCAAAACACCCCAAAACUCAAAACUCUAGGAUCAUGAGAAAAGAAAAAAUAUUUUUUUUAAUUUCAUUAGCAGAAGACAAACAAUAAUAACCAAAUUGUUUGGAAAGAAUAGCAUUAAAAUCAAUUAUUGAAGCAAACUAGUGAUAAACUACCCUCACUGAUAAUUCACACAUUACUCAUAUUAUUCCAGCUAAAAUCUAAAACCACAUUUUCUAAACAGUGCAUGUAUUUUUAAUAAUUGAACUCUUACUGGUUUCCCUGUUGUUUACACCCUUUUCUGUCUACUUCAGAUACUCAACUCAUCCAAAAUGAGUCUUCAGGUUUGCCACUGUGGCUGGUCCAAAACGACAAGUUACCAGGGCCUCAGAGUUCACCAGGGAAAGAUGGGAUGUACACCAAAGGGAAUGAGGAUCCCUGAACAUGAACAAUUCAGUUACCUUCCUACAGUGACUAUCCUGAGUCCUCAGAUCAAAUUAACAGACCCAUUUAUGGAUAUUUUCAAGAAUUCUGUGAAGUCUGAUUCAAACGCAAGCUACUACAGCUGGCCCAGAAUCACAGUUGAUCAGGACCUCGGAGAUCUCCAGGGAGGGAUGAGAUCUACACAAAAUCAACUGGAGGAGAACAAAGUUCAACUCUGGAGAAAUCAUCAAGAAGAAUCUCAUCAAAAGUGCAGCAGACCAAUUUUCAGUCCUUCAGUCAAGGAGGAGCAGAAUAUGUUUCUGCCAUCAAGCUUCAUCCCCCAAAUCGAUUCUCCAGCCAGACAAGCCUCUGCAGUAGAGAUAAUUAAAUCAUUGGUUGAAACUCAGCAACAGUCUGUGCCAACAGGUUCAAACAUGGGCGCAUAUCAGGGGCUUGAUUUAGGCUCUGGUGCACAGUCUGUGUUCAUGUCUGUGUCACAGACCUUCAGCAACCACAGUGAUCACACAGACAACACAACCACAAAGAUGGAGACAGACACAUCAUUCUUUGAGACUCCUCAGCGCUCUCAUCAAAGCACCGUGAGCUCAGACAAAGCCCGUCGAGCUCUGGACUUCUCUACUGGUGGACAGCAGGUGGUACAACUCUUGGAGCUUCCUGGGAAAGCAGCCCAGCACGCAGCAAUCUGCCCCGAAGAAAAAGAAAAGGAGAUAGACAGGCUGAAAGAGAAGAAGACUAAAAAACUACAAAAGGCAAAACAAGAAAAGAUGAAAUCUGAUUUGCAGCAGAAAAUUCACAUCAGAGAGCUCAAGAUGGCUGAAGUCAGAUCAUCGGAAAUAGACUGCAAGGGUACUCUGGAUGCCGAAUGGUUGGAAGUCAAUCAUUUCUUCUCAGAGGCUAUCAGAGUUGUGGAAGAUGCUCGAAAGAAAGCCCUUAAGCCUCUGGAGGAGAGGAGACAGAAAGUGAAAGGAGAUGCUCAGGAUAUCAUCCAGAAGCUGCAAAGAGAAAUUGAUGUGCUCAAAAAGGCCAUUGCUGAAGCACCCAAAAACCCAGACUUGGAGGUUUCGCCACUAACAGGCCUGAAUGAAUCUACUGACUGGAAAAAUGUACAAGUUGACACUUCACUCUCAUUUGGCACACUGAGAACUACGACUUCAGCCAUGAUGAAGCAAAUUCACGACGAACUGGAAAAACUCUCAUCCAUCGAACUCAGGAGGAUUACAAAAUUUGCAGUGGACGUGAAGCUGGACCCCACCACCGCACACCAAAGCCUUGAAAUUUCUGAUAAUGGGAAAAAAGUGAGAGAUGGUGGAAAGAUGUCGAAAGAUCCUGAUUCUCCACAGAGGUUUAAUAUGUUUGGAAGUAUCCUGGGGCUCAACAGGCUGUCCUCUGGCAGGGCAUACUGGGAGGUGGAGGUCAGCAAAAAGACCGGGUGGGAUCUGGGUGUGGCGAGACGUGACGCAAAUCGCAAGGGGACACUCUCAAUCAGUCCUGACAACGGUUACUGGGCUACUGUACAUUAUGAAGACCAGAAAUAUGCAGCCCUGGCAACACCACCUGUGAGCCUUUCGGUUAAAGAGAAACCUCGGAAAGUCGGGGUGUUUGUAGAUUAUGAGGAAGGUCUCGUGUCCUUUUACGAUGUGACAUCUCAGUCUCACAUCUACUCAUUUACUGAGUGUUCGUUCGGUGGUGAGAUCCUUCCAUACUUCAGUCCACAUCUGAAACAAAAUGAGAAAAACAGCGAUCCUUUGAUUAUCACUGCUGUGCAAAAACAGUAGUAAUCCCAUGCACUGGAUCUGGUGCAGUGAAUGCAUCACUGGUAAGCAAUAUAUGUGUCCAGGUGUGCAGUAACAGUUUAAUGUUUUUUCUGAUGAGUUUUCUUAGAUUUUCCAAGAUUGUCCAAAUUUCAACAUUUUUAAUUUUUCAACAUGUUUCAUUAUAACAUGCAUGAAGAUCACCUGACUCAGGUUUUUACGUACCAUAUUUUCUAUUCGGUGUGCAGUAACUGUUUGCUCACCUGCCCAUCGGGCAUUUGAUCGGUCAAAUUUCAGCAUUUUUCUUAUAACAUGCAUUAAUAAAGAUCCUCUGACUGAGGCAUCAAUUUUAGAGUUUUAUCUUUUAUGUACUAUAUUUUCUAACUUUUAACAUUUGAAAAGUAAAAAAUAAGUCAUACAUACAGCAUUGGAAAUGUAUAAAUUUUACAGAAACAAUAUGAACAAUGAAAUAACAGAAAAUUAUUAACCUGGGCAAAACAGAACACUGGAAACUAGGAGGUCUGGAGUUGUUAAAACACUUUAGACACUAUUCCUGUUUCUUUUUUUUUUUUUUUUUUUUUUUAUUGAUCACCAGCUAGAGGUGGUGCAUUUUUCAAAAUCAGCUAUUAGCCAAUUAUUUGGAGCAUUAAAAUCAUGCACCUAGAUGAACUUCAGGAAGUCAUUUCAAAUGAAUCCCUUGGAUGCAACAGGGCACUUGACUUUCUUGUACAUGGACUGAUGUAUGUAUGAAUUGGAAUCAGAAUACUUUAUUAAUCCUUAAGAAAAUAAUAUAAGUGUAUAUAUGUGCUUUUCUACUCACUUUUACUACAAGCCUUGGGGGAUCGGGGGGUUAUUCAGGACUCAGGAUCUAUGACACACGGGGAGCCAGGGAUCAAACCACCAACCUUACCAUUAGCAAAUGGCUUGCUCUGGCAACUAAGCCACAGGGGCCCUGUUGUUGAAAGUUGACUUUAAAAUAUUACGUUAACUUUGUGCGAAUAAGCUUUGACUGUUGUCCUAAGAGUUGCAAGACUGGAAUACUUGAAAUCUCUGUGCCUGUGACAUUUGGACUCUGCUGAUUCUUUUCUGCUGUGUACAGCUGUGGUCCACUCCACCGCUGUAUAAACACAUACAGCACCCCCUUCCCACAGCUCUAACUGUAAAUGCUGUUUGUUAUAAUAGUUGACCAAAGGAUGGAUUACGAGUUCUGCUUGUUUGUUGUGUUUUUGCUGAUUGUCCAUCACUUAUUGUAUCAACAAACUGUUUACUUACUUACUCUUUGUAGCUCAGUUUUACAGAUCCUUUUUGUAACUAUUUCAAUCUGCUCAAUCAUUUGUUUCAUUUUGUACUUUUUCUACUCAGACUUCUUAUAUUGUGGUCUUCAGGAGUCGCUGUAUGCCAUUUAAAAGAUGUGUGUAAUAUAAUUUAUGACAUUAAAUGGACAGAAAUUA